AUUGAUUGACAUGCCCCAUGAGUCUUUGCCAAAUGCCCAAACCUCGCUUGCCAAAACUGAUGUAUGACCGUCGACGCCAUGCUGUAUUCCGGGGCCAUCCAUACAUUAAACCUAUUUUAUAAUAUUAUCAGCAUAGUUUGGGGCAGAUAAACCAAACAAUCCUGAACUUGCAGCCAUACUUGCACCGGUGCAGCAUUCUGCCACUGCCAGGGCUCGCCGAUAGUAAAGCUUAACAACACCAUCUUAUUGAUACCUCUAGUAGCAGCACACACAAUGCAUAGAUAACGUAGGGUCGACAUCAGCCGCUACAAGAGGAUGCUUGGCGUGGCUGCUCGCUGGCCCUGCGCAUGUGCCUCCGCAUGUGCCUCUCGCCUCGCCAUGUCGCUUGCUAGGCAGCACCUGCGUCUUUACGGGUGGCAGGCAGUGGUGGCAGACCGGGGUUAUGACGGGGCGCAGCACGGCACUGCGGCGGGAGCCUGGGGACAACGUGUCACGGCCGCUCCAGCCCACGUGCGUGGCGUGGCGUGUGGCGCGGCGCCCUUCCCGCCGGCGGCCGCAGCACCGGGCGCACACCCGCCCCCAGCUGCACGUCUGGGUGCCUCACUGCCAGUGGUGUACCACCCAGACUACAGCGCGCCAGUAAUGCCGCCAGGCCACCGCUUCCCGAUGGCGGUGUUCCGGCGGAUCUAUGAGCUGGUGCUGGAGGAGGGCAUUGCGGCGCCGCACCAGAUCCACGUGCCGCCGCGCCUGCCGCCCGACGAGGAGCUACUGCUGGUGCACGACCCCGACUACCUGGCGCUGUUCAGCUCGGGGCGGCUGGACGAGGAGCGCGUGCGGCGCAUCGGGUUCGGCCCCGCGGUCACACGCAGUGAAGUGCUGGUCCGGCGCACCAAGGCCGAGGUGGCUGGCACGCUGCUGACCGCCCGCCUGGCGCUGUCGGGCGGCCUGGCGGUGAACACGGCGGGCGGCACGCACCACGCCUUCCCCAGCCACGGCAGCGGCUACUGCAUCCUCAACGACCUGGCGGUGACUGCGGAGGUGCUGCUGGCGGAGGGCGCUGUGCGGCGGGUGCUGGUGCUGGAUCUGGACGUGCACCAGGGCGACGGCACGGCCUUCAUCUUCCGCGACCGCCCCGACGUCUUCACGCUGUCCGUACACGCCGCCUCCAACUUCCCCGCGCGCAAGCAGCGCUCCACACUCGACAUCGCCCUGCCCGACGGCACACCGGAUGCCGUCUACCUCGCCCGGGUUGCCGAGAUCUUGCCUGCCGUACUGCGGGACUUCAAACCGGAUCUGGUUUUGUACGACGCCGGAGUGGAUCCGCACGUGGAUGAUGCGUUGGGGCGGUUGGCGCUAACCGACGCGGGGUUGGCGCGGCGGGAGCGGUUGGUGCUUGACACGUGCCUGGGGUGGGGCGUGCCGGUGGCUGGGUACGUGGGGGGCGGGUAUGAUGAUGACUUGGACUUGCUGGCGCGGCGGCACCUGCACCUGCACCGGGCGGCGGCGGAGCUGUGGCGCGGGUAUGGGCUGGGCGGGGGAGGGCUGGGCGGGGCGGCGGGGGAGAGUGGGGAAGGUGGGGUCGGGGAGGGGCACCAGCGAGAGGGGAGAGGAGAGCGUUGAGUCGUGAGCGGUCGUCCUGAGCACCGGUGGGGCUUGCGCGCGCUGUGUUGGGUGGGUGAGGUGGUACGAUGACGUGGGCUGUAUCUAUUGAUGUUUCAAGUACAACCGCGACGCAGAAUCCGAAACCAGACCGCAGAGUGCGGAGAUUGCACACUCUCGAACCGGAUGCUUCUUAAUCUGUAUACCAUUCUUUUGCACACCUGGUUCGCUCUCGUGAGGACUGUGGGAAAGAGGCUAUAGCCGAGGGAACAGAAUGUACAGCCUGUGCGUUUGUCGGGGGCAGACGACAUGCACAUAGGGGGCGCAGAUAGAGAGAAGAUGUGGACAGGUAAUGAAGAACGCGUGAGAGCGUGUGAUCAGCGUCACGGGGCCGCUGACAUGGUACCGGCAUUCUUAGGCAUGCGCUGCAGUACCGCAGUAUACCAUCU